UGGGUCUUUCCAACGUUUUUAUAAAAGUGCUGUACAAUAGACGCCCAUAGCACUAUAUCAGUCGUUGUAUCCAGACCUACAAUCAUCCUGCUGCCUUUUUGCAACGAUGCCGAACCAUCCUGAAGUGCUGUGGGCUCAGCGUAGUUCGGAAACCGACGAGGCAAAGAAUGUCAUCUACUUCACCGUGAACCUGCCCGAUAUCAUCGAGUCAACACUCGAGUACAACCUCACCCCUACGCACAUUUCAUUCAAGGCGAAAGCUGGAAACGCGUCCAAGGGGAUCGAGGAGAAAGAAUACGCCUUCGAAUUUGACCUCUUCGCUGAGGUUGAUCCAGAGCAUUCAUCCCGCCGCCUGAACUCCCGCGACUUCUUCAUCGUUCUGCGAAAGAAGGAGAAGAAAGCCGAGUACUGGCCGCGUCUAACAAAGGAGAAGAUCAAGACGCCCUUCCUGAAGACGGACUUCAGCAAGUGGGUCGAUGAAGACGAGCAGGAGGGUGAUGACUUGAAGGUGGACGACGACUUCGACAUGGGCGGCAUGGGCGGUAUGGGUGGUAUGCCAGGAAUGGGUGGUAUGGGUGGUAUGCCAGGAAUGGGUGGCAUGGGAGACAUGGACUUCGAGAAGAUGAUGGCUGAGAUGGGCAGUGGUGCUGGACCGUCUGGAUCAGGUGCAGAGGAGGAGGGUGGCGAGUCAGACUCCGAUGACGACGGCCCUCCUCCCCUGGAGGAGCCUGCCAAGGCUUCAUGAAAAAAAUGGAUACUAUUCCAGUGCAUCAACUGUAGAAGAGGCUUUGCUAAUGUAGCUAUUAUUUGCUAUCUUGCUUCUUUGAUUCGUUCAACAUUCUGCUGUGGUUAUUCGCCAGUUUAUUGUGUUAGUGCGCCCUCUGGUUUCUCCCUAUGCUACCCCGCGUUAUUCUGCA